CGGCGGCAGUUCUUGUUUGGCGUUGAAACCGAAUGCACGUGCGUGAAAGGAUAUGUGCGCUGAAACGAGUCGAAAGGCAUGCAAAGGAUUGCGGCAUAUUAUGUGGGAAAACGUGAUAAACUCGCUCUGAAACUUCGGUUGAUUUUGUAUGCGGGGCAAUAAUUUAGGAGGGAAAUGGAAACCAAUGAGAGACUUUCAAAUUUUGUUGAAAAAUAUAUUCAGCUGUGAAAGCAAGGACAUAAGUGAUGUGAAAAGCAGUAAUGAUACAAAAAUAAUUACAACUUGCGGCAAUGUGCAAUGUGCGGCAAUUUUGGAGUGAAGUGAUGUGGUUGACAUCUGUAUAUAUGUAUUUCAAAAAUGAAGAAUAAAGUUUAAAACAAGAAAAUCGUGUCUCUCAAAGAAUCAAAUAUUAUGUGUCUAAAUAUCAGAUGAAAUAAUUCCAUAUAAUAAAAGCCCCUGCAGUAUACAUACAUAUAUCAUGUGUAUAAAUACUAUACUAGUGCAUAAGUGACCUAUAUCAUAAUUGGAAAUAUUUGGUAACAACGACAUGCUAUUGCGCAGGCAUAAAAAUAACGGCUGGUAUAUUAUGGAAGUAUUUGAAAGUUGGUAAAAAUAAUUGUAUAAACAAAUUUAGGAUCAUUAAAGAAGACCAUAAAAAUGCGGCACAUCAACUGUUGUUGCGGAUAUAUCAACUCAAGAAAUAAUGGCGCGAAAAGUGCGACAUAAGUAAUUCUUGCUCUAAAAUGAUCAAGCUUAAGGAUACUAUUGAAUGAAGAGCGCUGUAGACGUAUGUACGUGUGGUAAUAGUAAAGGAAGCAAAAAAUGAAAUUCACAUUAGAGGCUCGAAUUUUUUUACUCAGCGUUAGUUUAUUGGAUGGUCUCGCCGGACUGCGUCUGGUGAAGGUCUCAAUACCAGCUUUCAAAUUUCGGGGUGAGUCUGCCAUGCUCGAAUGCCAAUACGAGUUGAAUCGCACAGGCGGCCCGCCAUAUUAUGGUGGCGUCGGCAGCAACAUCGGAAGUGAAGUUUUAGUCAGUGACGCUGGCAACCGACAUCGCAGUUACACACGAACGCGCACACGCACGAACACACGCAACCGUUAUGGCGGCAAUAUGCAUUUCUUCGAUGCACAUCACUUUGUGGCCAUGAGACCGAAAUUUAGGCGACACAAACGUCAAUACUCCUACCAGACGGAGCGACUGCAAAUGCAUCAACAACAGCAACAGCAGCAAGAGCACCAGCAGCAACAACAAUACCAGCAGCAGCAUCAAACCUAUCCAUAUCAGCCAUCGCAAAGUUAUAGCAGCAGCAGUGGGAGCAGCAGCAGCGAUAUAAAUGGCGCUGGCAGUUAUUAUCAGCAGCAACAGCAAAAGGAAGAAGACGAGCAACAACACUACCCAUAUCAAACGCAGCGCUCUCCCUACGGGCAUAGCGUUUAUCGCGGCGCGGCCUUCAGCCAAGCGUUGGGCAUACCCGGCUUCAGUAAUAGCGGCGUCAGCAGCAGUAGCAGCAGCAGCAGUGGCGCGCAUGUUGGCGCCAGUACCUUCACUAGCGGUGCGCGUGGUGCGACGGCAGAGGGGUCGUCGCAUCGCUACAAAUUCGGCGACGGCGUCGAUGAUGACGAGGAGGCGGAGGAGGAGGAAGAUGACGCAGUGGAUGAUGAUGAGGACGAGGACGGUGAGGCGCUGUAUGCCAUAAAAUGGUACAAGGACAACGAGGAGUUCUAUCGCUUUGUGCCGAAAGCGCGCCCGCAGAAGACGAGUUAUCGCUUUGAUGGCAUACGUGUCAGUGAGGAGCACUCAGACAGUUGGCGCGUCUUUCUGCGCGGCCUGACGCUCAACUCUUCCGGCGUGUACCGUUGCGAGAUCUCAGCGGAAGCGCCCAACUUUUCGUCGGUGCAGGGCGAGGGCCGCAUGGACAUCGUAUUUUUGCCCCGCGAUGGUCCGCAUAUCCGAGGCCAACAAAAUCAGUACCAAAUAGGUGACACCUUAGCGUUGAACUGCACAUCGGGAAAGUCACAUCCAGCAUCACGAUUGCAGUGGUUAAUUAACGAUCAACCGGUGGUCGACGACAGCUAUCUGGUAGCCUACAAUGACACCGUGCACAAACAUGGCCUCAUAACGUCAAUGCUCGGCCUUGAGUUGACAGUUGAUGGACGUCACUUUCAGGACGGCGAAAUGCGCGUGAAAUGCCUGGCCAGCAUAUCGCCGGUGCUGUGGAGCGGCGACAAGGAGAGCGUGUUACAGCGACGGCGCGGCAUUAUUGACAACCGAGAGGCAAUGCUCCUAGUACGUGGUUCGGCCGUUCGGUUACAUCCUUUGGGUAAUUUCCUCUCCAGUCUGCGCCUGCUGACCGCCGUCACAAUACUAACAAUGAAAUGUCAAUUACUACUGAGCACCGACCGAGCAUAAACGCAACAAAUUAGCCACACACCAACACUAAGCCAUACCUGCAUCGGCACACACACACAAGCGUGCGCAAUAACGAGAGUCAAUAAAACACAAAAUAGCAUAAGUACAGUUAACCAAAGACAAACUAAACAUAAGCUAGUGCAAAGCAAAUAAAAGUGUGUAAGAAGAAGGAGAGAAACUGCAAGUCUUGCAUUGCAUGCCAGCGAGUGUGUUAAAGAGUCUUUCGCUGACUUUGCGGUUGGCGUGGCGUAUACGCAACAUUGCAUUCAACUAUAGUGGCUAACUUGCAUACGGUUAAGUUAAAGUUAAGGUUUGUGAAAUACUUUGUGCUAGCAAUAAAUUGAUUUGUUCAAUAGAAAUUGCAUGCAAUUAAGCGAAAGACACGCAGAGAAGUUUGGUUGUUGAAAAUACUGUAAAUUGCAUAAAAUAUAUUACAUAAUAUAUAACUCAAUACAAGUAUAUAGUAAAUGUAAACAAAAAGCAGCGCAAACUUGUUAUGUAUAUUAGAUCCAAAAGUAACUUUCAAAAAAAAAAAAAAAAAAUCAAAAGCAUUGUAAGUAAGCCAAUAUUCAGAUUCAAUUUUCAGAGACUUGAGUGCAGUUUUGCUUUAUUUUGUUAAUCAAUGGAAAAUAAUUCCCCUUUGACUCUUCAACUAGCACCGAACUUCUGCUUUCAUCUAAAAUUAGAAUGAAAAAUGUGUUAAAUACACUACUACAAUGGCUGCUGUCUCUGCUUGUUAUUUUUCUUUCGAACUUUCGCUUACUGAUUUCAAUUGAAUAAACAUUUUUUCUCAUUCGAAAGUCGAAUUCCUUCAAUUUCUACAAAAAAAAAGCAAAUUCUAUUUGCUGCAAGUUUGCCUGGUGAUUUUAUGUAUUAAGUCAAUAGGUUCAAGGCGCAUUCCCGAAGCUAAUUUUUUAUUCAAAGAAAUAGAAAAAGUAACUGGCGAAUGCGGAGACUGAGCUCGCGUUUCGUAUUUAGUCAAAAAGUCAACCCUAACGACUUUUGGUGCAAAUCGAGCAUUGGUAGGCUUUAUACUCAAAACUUUAACCAAAAUGAGUUGUUAAUAUCCUCUGUCAUCUUUCUGAUGCCAACACGUUGAUUUACAAGCACUUUUCUUCAAAUCUCUCGAUGUUAUCAUCAUUAAAAUAGAGGUCGACGGACAAAUCCUGUGAGGCAAGUUUUCGAUGAAUUCACGUUCUACACUUAAAGAUUUGUGACACUGUAAUACUCGUGCUUGUAUAAAGUAAAGUGUUCAUGAUAAAGUAUGUUUGACUCCCCAAAACACUUUUGAAGCAUUUUCAACGAUUUCAUAGCUGUAAUGGCAAACUUUUUGCUUUUUAAAAAAUAGUUGCCAAACAAAACCUUAUUCACAGAGAUCAUAAAUGAAUGGCGUAUAGAGAUCAAAAUUUACAUAAAGUUUAAAAAAAAGGUUAUGCUAAUCUAGGAAAAACGUACUUAACGAUUCGGUUAGCCCUUGCAGUUUCAUUGUACCAGUCCAGAUCAAGCUUGAUCGUGAAUUUAGGUGUAAAGAUAUUUAGUAUUGAAAAGCGACCGAGACUCGGAUACUUUCCUUCCCGAUAAGGUGUAAAUUUUUCGAUCUCGAAAAUAAAAUAAUUUUUAGGUAGAGUCAGGGACUUCGAAAGUUAAAAUCGAUUAUACCUACCUAUUUGAGGCUUUGUAUUUAUGGUUCAUUCCGCUUCUUGGACUAUAGCGUCUCAUCUAUAGUUUUAAAAGUAUGUCAGCUAGAUUUAUUGCUUCAUUGUAAAGUCCGGAGAUAGAUUCACUUUGACCAUCUAUGAACAACCGAAAUACUCCUCCAAAAUCAUUUAGAAACAGCAGCCAUUGCUUAGACCUCUUUACGCACAUCUAAGGUUAUAAUGACAGCCCUGCUUUGCCACGGCAAAACCACAAAUAAUUAUUUGGAAAUAUUUCAUAAUUGAAGUAAUUGAAUCUGAUGACUGUAAAUAUAUACAAAUGUAAUUAAAAUGUCAAGUUGGAAGCAAAGAACAAAAAUUAAUACAAGCAAAUAUUUAUAAUAAGACAAAUGCCCGCAUCAAAUAUAGCAACAAAAGCGGCAAGACAGCAGACCAUUAAACCAAAUUGACCAAUUGCUUUAGUGCACACAUUUAAAUAUAUACCAUAUAUGUAUACAUAUGAGUUUCAAUUUGGCUGGCGGUGCUUCGGUGCAUGUAAUUAUGUUUGCAUUAAAGCGCAAUUACUUCGACUAAAUAUGGAAUUUGGUAGGCGAUUUUGGAUGAAAUAAGUACUGUAAAUGCAUUUCAUAUUAAUUAUGUACAAAUCUCAUUAAUGUUGUAUUAGCUAAGUGUUUAAGCGAUAAGCCGCUUCCAUUUGUGUGUAUGUGUGUAAUACUCGCAUUAUCUGCGCUUCUAGUGCAACUACUUUAAUGAUUACUUUAUUUUUAUAUUUCACUAACCCAAACACUUGAGUAUUAGCAACAAAUAUACAAUACAUAUGUAGCAAGAGUGAAGCAGACAGGCGCUGCUGCAAGUGGAAUGCCUGGUGAUUAUAAAUCGCCUGCGGGUGGAGCAAUGCAAAUAAAUUAAUGAGAAAACUGUCUGUGUUAAA